UGACAGAGCCAAAUUUCUUAUGUAAUACAAAUGUAUGCACCAAUUAGGUCUUUUUAAUAGUUUAAACGUCAUGGGACCUUUUGGAGCUGGAUUUUAACAACCUGUCGUUUUGAUUUUAAAAAGAAAUUCAAUGCCAUAUCCAUCCAAUUGCUAGAGGACAAGGAAGAUAAAGGGGGAAAUGAUCCAGAUAAGAGACCGAGAACUAGUCAACUUUGCAGUAAUUUCAUGGGGGGGUGAAUCUGAAUAUUGGUGGCCUAAAUUUUAUUGCAAAAUUUAUUUGCACAGCGGCGUGGACAUUGACAUUUGGAGGUGCCCACAGUGGAGCAGAUGUCCAAAGGGUCCAAUUGUUGGUUGGGACCCACUCUCCUUACUAAAGAAGGAAGUCUGCAACAGCUGUGGAUGUUGUUUGUUUCUUGUUACUUCAGCAUUAAUCCUUGCCUUAGCUGAUUUGAAUUGGGUGGGCACGAGUUGAUCUGUCAUGGGGCUCUCAAUAUCAGUUGUCAUCGUGUUGAAGUAUCAGAUGGAUUUUUGAUGCUUGGGUUUGUAGUCGUUGUUCUCAAUUUUAUGAUCAUUAGGUAAAUUCAUUAUGUAAUUGAUGUUUGACGAUUGCCCAAAAUUAAAUUUUAAUGUUCAAGGAAUUGGCCAGUAAUGAAUUUUGGCGUUUCAGGAUUGCUCGAUGAUGAAUUUGGCUGUUUGAGGAUUGCCAAUAAUGAAUUUUGGUGUUUUGAGGAUUGCUUAAUAAUAAACUUUGAUGUUCGAAGGUUGCCCAACAAUGAAUUUUGAUGUUUGAGGGAUGUCCAGUUGAAUUUUGGUGAUUGAGGAUUGCCCAUGAAUUUUGAUUAUUAGGAAUUAUCCAAAAGUGCAUUUUGCUGUUUGAGAAUCGCUUGAACCUGAAUUUGGGAUUUUAAGGAUUGCCCAAAACACUUUUGAUGUUUAAGACAACCCAAAUGAGAAUAAGCUAAGUUGGUGUGAUGGAUAGUAACGAAACAAGUUCUUCGAGUCUGAUAUUUUCAUGGUCGAGAAUGAAGGCCAAUGGGCAGGACCAAGAUGACUUGGAAUCUGGGUCUCCUCAUCUGUGGCGUCCUGGUUCAACUUCCUAUCCUACGUCCUUACCCCACAUGUACCCCAUGUCUGCAAGGGCAGAGGAGAUUGCCAAAGGGAGGCAGGAGCUCAUUAAAAUGUUUGAAGGAAUGCCUGAAUCAAGCUAUGAAUUGUCACUGAGUGAUCUCGUGGAGCAGAAGGAUGCCAUGCAGAAUAAAUGCAAUGAACAAGCAAAUACAGAAACAGAGGAAUCAGAGGAAAGAAGUACAGAAAAGGAGUCAAAGAAGAAAACAAGAGGAAGCCAUAGAGGUGGAUCAACUAAGAAAAUUGGAGAAGAUAGUAAGCAGUUUCUUCUCAACAUAUUUGUUCCUAGCAGUUUGACGUCCCGUUCUCAUAGGUCAAUGCCUAGGACUUCUUCUUCAAAGAGUGAAGACUCUGAAAAGGGAUCAGGGAACAAACAUAACUUCACUUAUAUAGCAAAUCUGUUGAAGACCAAGACGGCUUAUUCUUCUAUGGGGUCUUCAGUUGAUUUUUCUAAAUUGUCCCCAAAACCUGCAAAUGGAAAGAUUUAUCAGGCCCUUCCAGCCAGUUCCAUGGAGGACUGUCAUAGUUCCAGGAUUUGGAAACUUGUCAAGUUGAACCGAUGCUCAUUGUGUUAUGGGCAUACUUUCCUGUCGAGGACUGAUUGUCAGGAAUGUAAAAGAUCCUUUUGUAAAAAUUGUGUCAAAGUGUCAAUUGAAUGUACAGCAGAAGGAAAAAAAUGUUACAAUAACUGCAAGGGUCAAUUUAAUGCUGUAAGAUACUCUGAAGGACAGUUAAACAGAUGCAUGCCUUUCUUAGCCCUUAACAGAGCAAAAUCUGAAAGAAAAUCAAAAUUUUCUCUAAAAGACCAAGAGAAUGACUUCCAUUCCAUCUGAUGCAUCCAAUUGUAUAAAGAUAUGUCAUACAAGGUAUUCUUCAAAGUUUCAAACUACAUGAGCAAUGUCUACCAUUUUUCUGGGUUGGGUUCACGUGAAAAGUACUAAAUUAGAGAUCAUCUCAAGGUUGGAUCAAGGCAAUCAGGGUUUUGAAUUAAGUUCCAUUUCAAAAAGAGAGCUGAAACACCGUAGCCUGCUUGAUGAGUUAAUAAUGUUUGGUCGUUAGAGUUGAACAGGGGGCUUUCAUGCAUGCACAUCCUAAGCUUAUAAAGGAUAAUAUUCAAUGUCACAAAUAAAACAGGUCAAAUGUCCUUUAAAACCUCUUCUUUCCUGUCUGCGAGCUUUGCAUGUACCAUAACCGGGGCAUUUAAUCAAAUGGCAAGAGACUGAAGGACACUAAAAACUAUAUAAAUGCACUCUGUGUUGGAACUGUAUACAGUACACACUGAAUAGCAAGCGAAUUUUGCUAUUACCUAAAGAACAGAGGUCGAUUCAGUGCAUCAUCUGGUCAUCAAGAGGUCUAGGACUUUGACUUAUUCUUCUAAAAAGUGCUUGUUAGAGCAUCUAUUGUGGCGGAAAAGGUUCUGCAUUGACCACGUAGUUUUGAAAUUAAUAAACUAUCUUUUUCGGAUAUGAACUCUGAGAAUUGAAUGCAAAAUCGUACAUCUUGUUAAAGGCA